AGAACCUCGCUUCAAAUGAUCCGGAACCACGUUCGACGGACCUGCGGUAACCUAAGCCCAAGAAACAACAAUCGCAAUGGCUAAUUUUCCCAAUUUGCGCCGCCUGUUCAUUGAGGCGAGGACCGACGACGAAGAGCGGGACAUCUCUCGGAGGGCUUUCUACAAUGCUGUUCUUUUUCUAGGCUCAGUCGCCGUCUUUAGCUUGAUUGCCCAAAGAAUCAAUGCACGAUCUUGAUCACGGUUUAUAAAGCUUGGGACCUGAAGCAGUGUGCACUCUCGGCUUUGAUCUCAUUUCUGUCACACAUAUCGCGCCUUCUUCCGCAGGCAGUUCGCAGCCGACUCGACUCCCACAUAGACGGCAUGCACUUGGUCACUGCCUUCGUCUCCAUGGAAGCAGGCCAACGGCAAACAAAAAGACGUGGUGCUGUCCAAUGAUCGUCUAGAUCAUGGUUGGUUAAAGACCAAAAAAGCGUCACCUCAGGGCAGCGCGUUAACCACUCCGCCAAAGUGACUUGUGUGGAGCUG